AUAAUAAAUCAGAGAUAUUUAUAUUACAACUUAGAUCUUAGAAUUUCAGAAGAUUAUAACUUAUAGAUACAUAUUUAUCCUAAACACGAAUAAUCGUUUGGAAUAUAACACAUUUUGUUGGCAAACAUGAGGCGUCGUUACCAAUUAGUUUAAAUUCUAGCAAACCGUCAACAGGUAGAAUUUUAAGACUUGGUCCGUUAAUAACAUUUGUAACACGUUAUUCUAAUAUUAUACAGUAUAAUGGCCGAAUUUAGAACUCCUACUACAAAUAAAUGUCGAAGUAGAUUGCAGGAUAAUCCGGACUUGCAAACGCCAAUAAAGAUUCCUCCAUCACCAUAUCUGGAGAAGAUAGGUUACGGCACGUACGUUAAUGUAUUUACUUUGGAAAGAUCACCGAAAGUUGGUUUCGUUAGAUCGCCUUGGGCCCUGAAGAAAGUCAAUCGGAAUGCCCUUAGCACCAAAGCUUAUAACACGCGUAUCUGCCUUGAGGCAGAAAUACUUUGCAAACUUAAUCAUCCAAACAUCGUUGGAUUUCGUGCAUUUACAAAAGCCUCCCAUGGAGAGGCAUGUCUUGUUAUGGAGAAAUUAGAAGUCUCCUUAGGUGACAUCAUUGAAGGAAUGAUAGAAAAUGAUAUGAAUCCAUUCUCAGCAGAUGACAUAUUAAGAAUUGGGUUUGAAGUCGCUAAAGGUUUAGAAUAUUUACAUCAUACAGUAUAUAUCCUUCAUGGCGAUCUAAAAAGUUAUAAUGUGCUAGUAUCUGAUAACUGCAAAGUCGUAAAAUUGUGUGAUUUUGGAGUUUCUCUACCAUUGACAAAGUCUCUAGAAUUGGACAGAUCGAAGGGCCAAUUUGAAUAUGUGGGAACAGAGUGCUGGAGUGCUCCUGAAAUCAUAGACAUGGAAGGACCAGUUACGAAUAAAGCAGAUAUGUGGGCUUAUGGUCUUGUAAUUUGGGAAAUGAUAGCUCUGUCUCCACCAUAUGUAGAACAUGAUGAUUCAAUAUUUGAAACUUCGUUUGAUGAUUCGUUUACUGCUAAUGAAAUGCCUGAUAAUAAAGAAAAUAGUGAUCCAAACCUGGAUGAAAGUGUACAACUAAUUAAGGAAAUAACGCGUAAAAGAUUUGGUAUGCGACCUGCUUUACCUGCUAUCGAAUUAGGCCCAGAGUAUAAAAAAGUCUUGGAACUGUUCUACACGUGUACUGACGCAGAUUACAAAUCAAGACCAACUGCUAAGGGUGUUGUCAUGUUUUUCAAAAACUAUGUUUACCCAAAAUCUGAGAAAGCGGAAAAAGAAACGGAGUGCGACAUGGAUUGUGACAUCUGAAUCAUAUUAUGGUAUAAAAAGUUAUUAAUUUUUAAAUACUUUAUAAGUUAUUUUUAUGUAAUAACAAUCGUUUAUUUUGCAUGUACAUGAGACGUCUAAUUUUAAAAGAAAAUAGCUAUUAGCAAGAGAAUGACAAUAAUUGUAACGAUAAUUAUAAUAAAUUUGAUUUUCCGCUGGAAAAA